UAGAAUUUAGUUAGCCUCUCUUGCAUUGUGUUUCUCCCAUAUAAAUAUCUGCGGGCAGGGUUCCGUCUUACCACAGACCCUUGAGUCUCCAAUCCCAAUUCUCAUCCCUCUUUAUUGCAGUAUCGAGUUUAGGCUAUCUUAUUGAUAAGGCGGAUAUUGUUGCUGCGACUAAAACGGGCGUCAAUACUUGAGCAUGGCUGCUCUCCCUUGUGCCGACACUGGCCCAUCAUGGUUUAAUAAACACAUCAAACCAGGAAUUCUGUCUCUUUCCAAGCUUGCGUCUUCGCAUCCAGUUCAUACAGUGACCAUUGUGGCUUUGUUGGCGAGCUCCAUGUACAUGAGUUUACUCGAAGACAGUCUGCUUGAUUCUGCAAGGACGGUGAAGAAGGCCGAGUGGUCAUCGCUUACACAAGGCAGCACUACGCUUUAUACCGGCCCAGGCCUAGAUUGGAAGUGGCAGACCGGUGAUGCGCACCCGAAAUUGCCGGCUGAUGCUGAACAUUUUGCGCUCUUGACCUUGCUGUUCCCCGAUGAUGCAUCUAAAUCGUUUCCGACAACAGCCGCAUUCCCAGUCCCUGCCAAUUUGUCCGUCACGUCCUUGCCAGCGACCUUCAACUCGUUCAGUCAGUCAGUCCAGGAUCAUGUUCUGGCUCUCUCUGUUCCGUACAGUGAAGCACCGGAUUUUCUCUCGAUGGCGAAAGAGAUUGCGACGAACGAUCCCCUUCGAGAACCGUCGCACGGCGAGGGACAAAUGUGGAUAAUGAAGGCUGCACGAGCACGAGCACGAAAGCAAAGCGACUUGACAAGCUGGGUGCGGGACACGUGGGUCGAGCUCGUUGAUCUACUCAGGAACGCCCAAGUUCCGGAUGUUGUGACCAUGGUGUUCGGCUACGCAUUCAUGCACUUGACAUUCGCCUCCUUGUUCUUGUCCAUGCACCGCAUGGGGUCCAGGUUCUGGCUGGCUACGAGUGUGUUGUUUUCAUCGACCUUCGCCUUUGUCCUUGGUCUUUUCAUGAGCGCAGAACUCGGAGUUUCGAUCAAUAUGGCUCUCCUAUCCGAAGGGUUGCCGUUUCUGACUGUCAUCGUUGGUUUUGACAAGCCCAUUAGAUAUACUCGGGCUGUCCUGUCACAUUCCAUCGAUCCCAGCCAGACCGGAACCAGGAAGCCGAAAGACUCUCCAAGCAUCAUUCACCCUGCCAUUGAAAUGGCCAUCGAAGAAAAGGGAUGGGAGCUUGUCAAAGAUUACAUUAUUGAGAUUGCUAUCGUCAUGUUGGGUGCGAUGUCGGGCGUCAAGGGUGGACUGGAGCAAUUCUGCUUUCUAGCUGCUUGGAUUCUGUUCUUUGAUGCCGUUCUCCUCUUUUCGUUUUACACUGCGAUCCUUUGCAUCAAGCUGGAAAUCAAUCAGAUCAAGGCCCAUGCGGACAUGCGUCGAGCACUUGAAGAUGACGGUAUCAGCUCCCCAGUUGCUAAACAUAUCGCUACUAGUCACAGCAAAGGCCACCUGGGCAUUACUGUCUUGGGACAACAGAUGAGGAGCAUCCAGAUUCCGAGAUUCAAAUUGUUUAUGCUUGGUGGCUUUCUGCUGCUGAAUGUUGUCAGCUUAUGCGCGGUUCCAUUCCGCAGCACACAUUCGCUGUCAAACGUCUCAAGCUGGGCUCAUAGUCUGGGUAAUAGCAUGGUUACUACUCCGUCAGUGGAUCCCUCAAAAGUCGCCUCUAAUGGACUAGACGCAAUUCGUGAUAUGGCUCGCUCCCGUUCUCAUGGCGUGCUUGUCACAAUCUUGUCCCCAAUCAGAUAUGAACUUGAGUCUCCUUCUGUCCACUACGACGUUCAUCAAAUGGACAUGACUAGUUUUGAAGAGCGCAUCUUCCCAAGCCUAGGUCAGCUUGGUGCGGGUGGCCGCAUGGUUGGCAGCUUGCUCAAAGGUCUGGAUGACCCAAUCCAUUGCAAGUGGAUCGUCGCUGUUUUAGCAUUGAGCAUCGUGCUAAAUGGGCGCCUUUUGAGCGCCGCCAGGGAAAGCGUUAAGACAGCAGGCUUAGUCGAUGAGAAGCAAUCAGAAAGGCUCAAUAUUCCAAUCACUUCUUCAAAGACCGAUAUGGCCCAAAGUGCCGCCGCACCAUUGUCCAGUACUGAGGCACAUGUCUCGAUUCCUGGCGGCGGCAACUUGGCCCAGCGGGGUCUGCAACUCGCCCCAGUUGAACGCACGAAAGAAGAGAAAGAGAUAUUGCUUCGGGACAAACGUGUCCAUGAGCUUAAAGAUGAGGAGAUCGUCGACUUAUGCUUGAGCGGGAAACUUCCGGGACAUGCAUUAGAGAAGACUUUGAAGGACUUUACCCGCGCUGUCAAAGUUCGCCGUGCCGUCGUUUCUCGAACUCAGGCCACGAAAGAACUUACCCAUAAUCUGGAACAAUGCAAGCUUCCUUACGAGCACUAUGACUGGUCCCGGGUCUUUGGUGCGUGCUGUGAGAACGUGGUCGGAUAUAUGCCAGUCCCGGUUGGACUUGCUGGACCCCUAGUCAUCGAUGGAAGAAGUUACUUUAUUCCCAUGGCCACUACUGAAGGUGUGCUGGUUGCUAGCGCAAGCCGGGGAAGUAAGGCCAUCAAUGCUGGCGGCGGCGUGGUAACUAUCCUAACAGCUGAUGGGAUGACGAGAGGUCCCUGCGUCAGUUUCGAAACACUGCAACGGGCAGGUGCGGCCAAGGACUGGUUAGACUCUGAAACCGGACAAGUAACAAUAAAGAAAGCUUUCAACUCGACCACCCGGUUCGGUCGUCUUCAGGCGAUAACGACCGCUAUCGCUGGCACAAAUCUUUACAUCCGCUUCAAAACUACCACGGGAGACGCGAUGGGCAUGAAUAUGAUAUCUAAGGGUGUAGAGCACGCACUCGAGGUUAUGAUGACAGCUGGUUUCGAAGACAUGAAGAUUAUCUCCCUGAGCGCCAACUAUUGUUCUGACAAGAAACCCGCUGCCAUUAACUGGAUUGAAGGCCGGGGGAAGAGUGUAGUAGCCGAAGCUAUUAUCCCGAGUGACGUUGUUCGCAGCGUGUUGAAGACGGAUGUUGACACGAUGGUCGAACUUAAUGUGGCGAAGAACAUGAUUGGAUCGGCCAUGGCAGGGUCUAUAGGCGGAUUCAAUGCGCAUGCUGCUAAUCUUGUCGCAGCCAUCUUCAUUGCAACGGGGCAGGAUCCAGCGCAGGUGGUCGAGAGCGCCAAUUGUAUCACCGUUAUGAAGAAUCUCCAUGGCUCCCUUCAGAUUUCCGUUUCCAUGCCUUCUAUCGAGGUGGGCACGCUAGGAGGAGGUACCAUCCUCGAGCCCCAGAGCGCCAUGCUCGAUACGCUUGGGGUUCGGGGACCGCAUCCAACGAGCCCGGGAGCAAACUCACGACAAUUGGCUCGCAUUGUGGCUGCAGCCGUUUUGGCGGGGGAGCUGUCGCUCAUGGGCGCAUUGGCAGCUGGACAUCUUGUCCGCGCACACAUGCAGCAUAAUCGGUCAAGCCAAGGGGGUGGUGGCAAGUAAUUUGUACAGUUUAUACAUAUAUUCGAUAAGGGGUUCCUGUCAUGACAACUUCUGAAGAUCAUCAAGUUGAUGUGGUAGCGAUGGAUGGUGACUUGCUGCUAAUCUGCAACCCGCAUGCUGCAGUAUUCCAGUCUAGGUUCUGGCCGAGACCAAGUUAGAUCAAUUUUGCCAUUGUCAUCCGUCCUUUACGAUUGGGUUCCCGCAGAUCUGGAGCAUAGAUUAUGGUGCGGCGAAGGAGCGGG